AUGAAGACAGCGCUGUGUUCAAAAAGUGUUAAUGGAAAGGAAAGAACAAAAAUGAUUUUAAUACAAAUAGAAAAUACAAUUUUGAGUAUUGUUAAUAGCUUAUACAAUAACAAUAAAUUUAUGAUUGAUUUAACUAAACUUUCUAGCUGGUCUAAUCGUGUUUACAGUAAUAAUAAGCAACUUAUAACUAAAACAUUAGUGUUUACUACCAAACGAAGUCGAACUAAGUUUACAAUUAUAAUUUAUAUUUUAUCAAAAAUUUAUAAAAAUUUAAUAACUAAUAAUUCUUGUACAACAAGGGAACUGUACUAUGGAAAUACGACUCUAUUCAAACAUGAUUACAUUGUCCGAAAAGCACUUAUUGAUAUAUGUUGUUUGUUAGGAACAAAAUCUUGGGAGCUAGGAAUUACAUUAACUUCUAAUGGAUUAGUUGCAGGAAGUCUAAUGAUUUAUAUGUAUAAUGGUAGGAUUUUUGAUUGUUCUAAAAAUAUUGAAGGAAUUCAAAUACCCCAAGAUAUUUUAGAAAUACAAGAUUUUAAGUCAUCCGCGAAAUAUAUUCUAAUAAUUGAAAAAAACGCAUCAUUUCAAAAAAUUAUUAAUGAAGGUUUAUUGAAAAAAAAUGAAUGCUCAUUUAUUAUUAUAACUGGUAAAGGAUUUCCUGAUAUUAAUACCCGGUUGUUUGUGAAACAACUGUCUCGUAAAUUAAAUAUACCAAUAUUAGCUUUAGUGGAUGCCAAUCCUUUUGGUAUAGAAAUUAUGUGCGUUUACAGAUUUGGAUCAAAUACCAUGUUUUAUCAAAAUGACAUGCUCAGUGUUCCAUCAAUAAAAUGGCUGGGAGUCUAUCCAACAGAUAUUGAAUCAUUAAAUUUAACAAGUAUUUCAUUAACUGAUUUAGACCAGGCCCGAGUAAAAUCACUUUUGAAAAGACCUUACAUAAAUUCUAAUAAAAAACUCUUACAACAGGUUUUGAUGCUACAUAAACUUAACAAAAAAGCAGAAAUCGAAUCACUGACAAAUUUCACUCAGACUUACCUGACUGAAGUAUACAUAAAAAGGAAAAUUCUUAACCAAGAAUUCAUUUAG